AUGGGUUCCGUGGACAUGGCGGUCGCUGUGCCGGUGCCGGUGGCGGAGCCUGCGGCGGAGGAGCAGGCCGUGGUGUUCCGGUCCAAGCUUCCCGACAUCGAGAUCAACAACAGCCAGUCUCUGCAGACCUACUGCUUCGGGAAGAUGAGCGAGGUGGCGGACCGCGCCUGCCUCAUCGACGGGCAGACCGGCGCGUCGUACACGUACGCGGAGGUGGAGUCGCUGUCCCGUCGCGCCGCGUCGGGCCUGCGCGCCAUGGGCGUGGGCAAGGGCGACGUGGUGAUGAACCUGCUCCGCAACUGCCCCGAGUUCGCCUUCACCUUCCUGGGCGCCGCGCGGCUGGGCGCCGCCACCACCACGGCCAACCCGUUCUACACCCCGCACGAGAUCCACAGCCAGGCGGAGGCGGCGGGCGCCAAGGUCAUCGUCACCGAGGCCUGCGCCGUGGAGAAGGUGCGCGAGUUCGCCGCGGGCCGGGGCAUCCCCGUCGUCACCGUCGACGGCCGCUUCGACGGCUGCGUGGAGUUCGCCGAGGUGAUCGCGGCCGAGGAGCUCGAGGCCGACGCCGACGUCCACCCCGACGACGUCGUCGCGCUCCCUUACUCCUCCGGCACCACCGGACUCCCCAAGGGCGUCAUGCUCACCCACCGCAGCCUCAUCACCAGCGUCGCGCAGCAGGUUGACGGCGAGAACCCGAACCUGUACUUCAGCAAGGACGACGUGCUGCUGUGCCUGCUGCCGCUGUUCCACAUCUACUCGCUCAACUCGGUGCUGCUGGCGGGCCUGCGCGCGGGCUCCACCAUCGUGAUCAUGCGCAAGUUCGAUCUCGGCGCGCUGGUGGACCUGGUGCGCAAGUACGUGAUCACCAUCGCGCCCUUCGUGCCGCCCAUCGUGGUGGAGAUCUCCAAGAGCCCCCGCGUGACCACCGCCGACCUCGCCUCCAUCCGCAUGGUCAUGUCCGGUGCCGCGCCCAUGGGCAAGGAGCUCCAGGACGCCUUCAUGGCCAAGAUCCCCAACGCCGUGCUCGGGCAGGGGUACGGGAUGACGGAGGCGGGGCCCGUGCUGGCGAUGUGCCUGGCGUUCGCCAAGGAGCCGUUCCAGGUCAAGUCCGGGUCGUGCGGCACCGUGGUGCGGAACGCGGAGCUGAAGAUCGUCGACCCCGACACCGGCGGCGCCCUCGGCCGGAACCAGCCCGGCGAGAUCUGCAUCCGCGGGGAGCAGAUCAUGAAAGGUUACCUGAACGACCCUGAGUCCACGAACAACACCAUCGACAAGGACGGCUGGCUGCACACCGGCGACAUCGGCUACGUGGACGACGAUGACGAGAUCUUCAUCGUCGACAGGCUCAAGGAGAUCAUCAAGUACAAGGGGUUCCAGGUGCCGCCGGCGGAGCUCGAGGCGCUCCUCAUCACGCACCCGGAGAUCAAGGACGCCGCCGUCGUGUCAAUGAAGGAUGAUCUUGCUGGUGAAAUCCCUGUCGCCUUCAUCGUGCGGACCGAAGGCUCUCAAGUCACUGAGGAUGAGAUCAAGCAAUUUGUCGCCAAGGAGGUGGUUUUCUACAAGAAGGUCCACAAGGUUUUCUUCACCGAAUCCAUCCCCAAGAACCCGUCCGGCAAGAUCCUAAGGAAGGACUUGAGAGCCAGGCUCGCCGCCGGCGUUCACUGA